UGCUGGUGGCGCUCGUGCUCGCUCGGGCUUCCAGCUCACAUCAGGAAGCUCGGCCGCCACUUCUUGGGAUAUUGCGGGCCACCAAGGCGAACACGCGCGCAAGGGAAAAAAUUGGGGGAGCUCGUCCGCCUGGAGGAGGGCGAGUGGCGCGGCCUGGUGACGGUGGUGCUGCGUCCCUUCUUCCUCGGCGCGGUCAUGCAGGCCACCGACAACAAGCCCCCCGCCCUGGUGCCCGCCAAGGGCCGCUACAUGGGCCGCGACCUGAACCGCCUCUCGCGCGCACUGGGCCUCCGCGUGCGGAUACCCUCCCGAUUCCCGGCCCUGACCCUCCUCGCCCAGCGGGUACUCGUCGCCCUCGACCGCCACGACCGUGCCUCCACCAGCGGUGCCCAAGGCCAGCGCCGCCUGCGCGCCGUGAGCAAGCGUCUGUGGCAGAUCUACUGGGAGGAGGACGGCGACCUCAACGACGUCCCCACUCUCACUGCCGCGCUCGUUGCGAGCGGCUGCACCGAGGAGGAGGCCGCCCUCCUUCUCCAGAACGCACCAAGUGCGGAGGUGAAGGACGAGCUGAAGGCGGCGACCGACGAGGCCGUGAAGCGCGGCGCGUUUGGCGCGCCCAUCUUCUUCGUGCGCCGCGCCAGCGAGCCCACGGAGAAGGCGCAGAUGCACUUCGGAGCGGACAGAUGGGGAGGGAGUGGCACUUCGCCCCGCAGAAGAACAACCUCUAGAGAUCACCCGUUCGUUGUGUCCUGGAUCGGGGAUCUCGUUCCUCAGCACGAACAAGGGCUCAAAGUCUGCCAACCGUACCUGGAGUUCCACUCGUGCGUGGCGAAGAUCUUCUCGAUCUUCCAGUGGGCCAGGAGCAUGGGCAGCCGAAGCUUGCCGUAG